AUGGGUACCAGGAAAAAGGAAGCCGCUCGUAGAGAGCGGCAGGGGAAGACGGGGGAUGGAAUGGCCAAUGUCAAGGUCAAAGGUGAAAACUUCUACAGAGAUGCGAAAAAGUUGAGGACCCUGAACAUGUUCAAAGAGGGUAAACCCAAACGGGAUGCUUCCGGGAAGAUAAUCAAGGCUGCCCCAUACCAGUCCAAAGAGAUACCAAAGGCGCGGAUAGAACCAAAUCGGAAGUGGUUUAGCAACACUCGGGUGAUAUCCCAGGAGGCAUUGGCUUCUUUCCGCGAGGCUGUCGCGGAACGGGCUUCGGAUCCUUACCAAGUCCUCCUGAAGACGAACAAGCUUCCCAUGAGUCUGAUUAAGGAUGGCCAACAGCUGCCCAAUGGAUUGAAACAGCAUCGUGCAAAGAUGACUGUAGAAUCGGAACCGUUUAGCGAGACCUUUGGACCCAAGGCGCAGAGAAAGCGCGUCAAACUGGACGUGUCCUCCUUGGAGGACCUCGCGGGAGAGACCGUGAAGAUGCACGAUUCUUACCAAGAAAGAAUGGAGCAGGCUAAGCUGCUCAGCGGCAACUCGGGUGCUGGCGACGACGCCGAGGAUGACGGUACAUUGGUGACGGCGCGAGAACCAGUGUUCUCAAAGGGACAGAGUAAGCGAAUCUGGAACGAACUCUACAAGGUGAUCGACUCGUCAGAUGUUGUGGUUCAUGUCCUCGAUGCUCGGGAUCCCGAAGGGACGAGGUGCAGGAGCAUCGAGAAGUACAUUCGCGAAGAGGCUCCGCACAAGCACCUGGUGUUUGUGCUCAACAAGUGUGACUUGGUGCCCACAAAAGUGGCUGCUGCUUGGGUUCGACACCUGUCUAAAGAAUACCCCACACUUGCCUUCCAUGCAUCCAUCAACAACUCAUUUGGCAAAGGCUCGUUGAUCCAGCUGCUUCGGCAGUUCUCCUCGCUCCACUCCGAGCGUAGGCAGAUUUCGGUGGGAUUCAUUGGGUAUCCCAACACCGGGAAGUCUUCGAUCAUCAACACUCUUCGAAAGAAGAAAGUUUGUAACGUGGCGCCUAUUCCCGGAGAGACGAAAGUCUGGCAGUAUAUCACCCUGAUGAGGAGGAUCUACCUCAUUGAUUGUCCCGGAGUUGUACCGCCAAACCCGAAUGACACCGAGGAAGAUAUCUUACUUCGGGGAGUUGUUCGG